AUGACCGCCAUCGCCGUGCGGGCCCAGAGGCCACUGGCCCUGAGGAGGCCCCACAGGUCCUUCUUUGAAUCCUUUGUCCGGACCCUGAUUAUCGUGUGUGCUGCCCUGGCUGUGGUCCUCUCCUCCAUCUCCAUUUGUGAUGGCCACUGGCUCCUGGCCGAGGACCGCCUCUUUGGGCUGUGGCACUUCUGCACCACUGCCAACCAAAGUGGGCUACACUGCCUCCGAGACCUGAACCAGGCCCAUGUGCCUGGGCUGGCUGUGGGCAUGGGCCUGGCCCGCAGCGUGGGUGCCUUGGCCGUGGUGGCAGCCAUCUUUGGCCUGGAGCUCCUCAUGGUAUCCCAGGUGUGUGAGGACCUCCACUCACGGCGCAAAUGGGCCAUGGGCUCCGUGCUUCUCUUCGUCUCUUUCAUCCUCUCCUCCGGGGGGCUCCUGAGCUUCGUGAUCCUCCUUAGGAACCAGGUCACGCUCGUCGGCUUCACCCUGAUGUUCUGGUGCGAGUUCACAGCCUCCUUCCUCUUCUUCCUGAAUGCCCUCAGUGGCCUUCACAUCAAUAGCAUCACACAUCCCUGGGACCAUUCAAGGAAAUUUUAG